GUGAAUUUUGAAAAAAGUAAAGUACAUUUCUUCACUUACUUAAUGAGAUGUUUUCUUGUUAAUAGUGAAAAAAUAUAGACACUAUUAAUUUCAUCAAAUUUUAGAGUAUUAAAAUUAUGACUACACGUGAAUUUUUUUGCUUUAUUUUCGUUAUUUAUUUCCACAUCUUAAAGCUAAAAAAUGGUUUCAGUUUCUACGUAUAGUAUUGUGUGUGGAUGACACUUUACUACAAUUAAAAAAAAAUAAUAAUACAUACUUUUGCGGACCCAUUCACGUGAGACACACAGCAAAAUUGCAACUGCUUAUUCUGUCCGGCUUGUCACUGAGUUUUUUUUCGUUUUGUUUUGUUUUGACUUUGUGUUUUAUUUGCCGACGUCCGGAAGAAAUCUAUUUUAGCUGCUAAAAACACUAACAUGGCUUCAGUUUGCUCAGAGUUUCCAUGCUGCGAUCUAGUUGACGCGAGUUCGAUCAAUAAUGAAUUAAAAGAUGGAAAACAACUCGGUGCGCCGCUCAGAAGGUUCUACAACCUAAACAAGAGGAAGUCCUUCGCCGCCUUUGUGGCGUCCAAGCGAGAAGCCGGCUCCGAGGAGGGAGGCGCGCCGUCUUGGCGCUGCUGCGGCCGGGCCUUCGCCGCCGAGGCCUCCGUUCACCAGCACGUGGCCAGAACGCACGGCGGCGAGAUCCAGCGGCUGGCGCGGGCGCAAUACGAGCGCGGGCUCAGCCGGCGGGAAGAGGAAGAAAAAAACGACAGCGAACCGCGUGGAAGCCUGUCCGUGGACGUCUCCUUGUGGAUGCCGGACGUUAGUCACGUCCCGAACGAGCAGCUUGAGAAAGGCCCCGGCAAAGUUCUGCUGUACUAUCGCUACUGCCGCGUGGAUGAGCCGCACGUCGUCUGCGCUUGGCAGAGAGCUUUGUGCCAGCGCCUCCACUUGACCGGCAAGGUGAGGGUGGCCACAGAGGGCAUCAACGGAACCGUGGGCGGCACUCGCAUCGCCGCUGAGCUCUACGUGGAUGCCGUGUGCUCGCAUCCCCUUUUCCGCAUGGACAAAGACGAUUUCAAGACAAGCGACGGCGGUCCCGAGUGUUUUCCGGAGCUGAAGGUGGGCGUCUUCAAGGAAAUCGUCCCCAUGGGUUUGGACCCUGACGUGCUCUCUUACCGGCUAGCAGGAGUUCAUCUGGAGCCUGAGGAAUUUCACAAAGAGGUGGAGGCCCUGGCGGCCGAAGCGGAUCCGUCGCGCAGCGACACCGUCCUGCUGGACUGCCGCAAUUUUUACGAGAGUAAAAUCGGUCAGUUCUCGCACUGCUUGGCCCCCGACAUCCGAAAAUUCAGCUACUUCCCGGACUACGUGGACAGGAACGUGGAGCUCUUCCGAGACAAGAAGGUGCUCAUGUACUGCACCGGGGGGAUCCGCUGCGAGCGAGGGUCAGCUUACCUCCGCUCCAAAAACGUGUGCAAAGAAGUUUACCAGCUGAAAGGCGGAAUCCACAAGUACCUGGAACGCUUCCCUGACGGCUUCUACCGCGGGAAGCUCUUCGUCUUCGACGAACGCUACGCCAUCUCCGCCAACGAUGACGUCAUCGGAGGUGAGUUUGCAGGUACUGCGGAGCCCCCUGGGACCGCUACCGGCUUUGCACCACGCGCUUCUGCUGCCAGCUGGUGCUCUCCUGCCCCGCCUGCCGCUCGGAGGGGCGCACCGCCUGCUGCCCCGGCUGCCUCGCCGGGGGGGCGCGGCGCAAAGAGGAGUGCGACUGCACCGACGGACGUCCCAGGAUCCCUCAAGAUGUCGACGGCGAUGGGCCGCUUCAUUAGACUUUUGGCAGGUUUUUGGACCGUUUUCUACAAACGGCUAAACGAGCCCACCCACAAUAUUCGGAAUUAGUCUCGGUGGUCUUUCCUCCACUCCACCCAUCAACGUUGAACUCUUUAAUCGACCAACCGAUAAUUAUGUGUUUUUGGCACCUCGUCUUCCAAUCGACCAAUGGACCUUUCCGAUGGCGAUCUUAAGAUCCGCCCCCUUUAUCCAUGUCCCACAGCUUUACAAAAUCACACAAUAUCAUCUGCGAACAUCGUGGUCCAAGGGGAUUCCUGUCGAACCUCAUCUGUCAACCCAUCCAUUACCACAUUGAACAGGAAGGGGCUCAGAGCGGAUCCCUGAUGCAAUCCCACCUCCACCUUAAAUUCUUCUGUUCCGCCUACUGCACACCUCACCAUUGUUCUGCUGCCCUCAUACAUGUCCAUCGUGUCUUUUGCUAGGCUAAAAAAAAAAAAAACCACAAGCUUCUUCUGUCACAAAAAAAUAAAAAUAAAUGUUUGUCUAAUCUGACAACACAUGGAAGUGUGGUGUAUUUGUUCCAUUCAACUUGGUUG